AUGGAAGCUGACGGUAUACUGGAAGGGUUUUUGAACAGUGUUCAAAUGCAUGGACUCAAGUAUAAUAAACUCAUAGGUGAUGGUGACAGCAGCGUCCUCAAACGUUUGAAUGAGGUACUGCCAUAUGGUCCUCAUUUUACGGUUCAAAAAAUUGAGUGUAGGAACCACCUGUUACGAAAUUCUGGACAAAAACUGCUAGCGUUAACCAAAAGAACAGAAUAUCCCGUUCAUUUAAGAAAAUUUAUUCGAAACAAUAUUCUUCGAUUUAGAAGUGACAUCACUAAAGCUGUAGAGUACCGUAAAGCGAGUGAUUUAUCUAUGUCAAACAAAAUUGCAGAGCUACGAAAAGAUAUUGAUAAUAGCCCAUAUCACCGAUUUGGUCAACAUGACAAUUGUAACAGUUAUUUUUGUUCUGGACCAAAAUCCAGUGAAAUAAAUUUAGUUGGUGAUUUAGAAAAGUGUGGAUUGAUGAGAGAUAUAAAAAAUAUUAUUAUUCGUCUUUCUAAUAAUGCAUGUAGCUUAAUUCAAGACGUUGACAAUAAUGUUUGUGAGCAGUUUAAUAGUUUAAUCAAUAAGUUUAUAGGUGGUAAACGUAUUAAUUUUACACAAAGGAACACAUAUACUACUAGAAUUGAAGCAGCAAUAGUUUCUUUCAAUUCAAAAGAAUAUUUACGACGUAUCCACAAAAAAAUGGUUUUUAAAAGUCCAGGAGAAAUAGGAAAAAAGUAUCUAAACAAUUUAAAUAGAAUUCGACAAAAUACAAUAAAUAGGAGAUGUUUAUUUGUAAAUAACAUGAAAAAAAGUAAAAAGAAAAGCUCAUCGGCUCAUGCAGAUAAAGAUUACGGCUUAGCUGAGCCCUUGAUGGACACUAUAUCAGUGGAGGAACUAGAAACUAAAAAAAAUUGUUUUUUAAAUAAAUUAAAGACUGUUAACUUACAUCAGCUAAAUUUGGAUACACGAGAUCAAAAUGGAAAUUUAAAAUGGUUUCAAGAGCGGAAAAAACGUCUGACGGCUUCCAAAUUCGGUGAAAUUUGUAAAAUGAGGUCAACUACUAGCUGGAGACGACAAGUGCAUGCAAUUAUAUACAAUCCACAAAUAAAGUCGAAAGAAAUGGCGCAUGGUAUUGAAAUGGAACCGUAUGGUCGAAAAAAGUUUGAGGUUGUAAGUGGAUUAAGUGUUGAGACUUGUGGUCUAAUUGUAGACAGCGAAAUUACAUUUUUGGCUGCUAGUCCAGAUGGUGUUGUCGGCGAUGACGCUAUUCUUGAAAUAAAGUGUCCAUAUAUUGCAAAGGAUACAAACGAUGUACCUAACGGAAGCAGUAAAUAA